CUCCGUUCGCGUGUUCCGUCACUCUGCGAGUUUGCGUUGGCGCCAUGGGCGGCACCUGCAGCCGCGUCGACGAGCAGCCUCGUGCUCCGCCCGUCUCGCCCAAGCCAAUCUACCGCGGUGGCCUCUCCGUCGACAUCCCUUGCGAGACGGCGGUGGCGGGCUCUCCGGCCCUCUCGCAAGGCAGCAUACCGAGCUCGUCGAGCCCGACGAGUCAUCCGUCCAUGUACCAGCGACGAGUCUUUCCCGCCGAACUGCGGGAGGAGUGGCUCGAGGUGCUCAGUGUGGACGACUGCAGCCGGCGAAGCGCUCGCGCCUCGAGGCUGCUCGCAGCGAGGCCCGAGGUGGUGCGCGGUUCGCCGUGGUGGUGGACCGACGACACCGGCUCGCUGCUGCACGUCGCAGCCGAGCGCGGCGACGCGUCCCUCCUCCGCGUCAUCCUCGACGCCGGUGCUCCGGACCUCCCGCUCGCGCUCGACGCCGACGGCCAGGCGGCUCUGCACGUCGCGGUAGCGAACGGGCACCUCGACGCGGCGCGGGUGCUGGUGGAGGUGGCGGCGGCGCAGAGCGGCGGCUGCACCGCGCUCACCCUCCCCGACAAGUACCGCAUGACGCCCUUCCACCUCGCGUGCGAGAAUGGGGACGUUGCGAUGGCCUCCUUCCUGCUCGAGCAGCUCGCCUUGCUGCCUGGUCUCUCGACGCAGGAGGUGGCCGAGCUGCGGCGCGGCUCGGCCAACUUUCUGGCGCAGCGCGGGCAGCACGCAAGGGUGGUCGCGCUGCUCGAUUCGGUGCGCGCCCUCACCAAGGGCUCCUCCCUGCCGACCAUCGUCUCUGGCCGCAACUCCUCGCAGCGCCCCCGCUCCGACGCCUCCGACGGCGACCACAACUCCGCCUCCCCCUCGCCCGUCCCCGCCGCAGCUUGCCUCAGCCUGUCCCUCGACGGGACGGCGCCGCCGCUCCUGCCGGCCUUGCCGCCGACGGCCGAGGCGCUGAGUCGACUCGAGGAGGAGACCACCCGCCCCGCGCGGCGGCUCGCGUUUCGCUAG